CAAAACGUUUCACUUUCAUUUUGCUUUACAUGAAAGGUGAUAGACUCAAGCUGUAGACCUGUACUGCUCUGUGACCCUGGCUCAACGCACAGCCUGCUUGUCUGAAAGUGUCAACGAUUUCAAAGGGGAGAAAGAAAUGUCUCAUGAUGAUGGACCGAGUAUGUUCCAAGACCAGCUGGCGGAGAAGGUCCGGCCCUUCAUAGACUUAGUAGACGACAUGAGAUCCAUAGGGAUAGAUAAGGAGCUGCCACUGCCAACCAUUGCUGUGGUGGGAGACCAGAGUUCAGGAAAGAGCUCUGUGCUUGAGACCCUUUCUGGGGUGGCGCUGCCCAGAGGAACUGGUAUUGUCACCAGGUGCCCACUGCUACUUAAACUCUGUAAAGACAGGACAGUGAAAUGGGAGGCUGUCAUCUCAUACGGAGGGAAAGUCUUUGAAUUUGACGAACCUUCAGAAGUUGUUAGACAUGUUGAACAAGCUCAGAACACGUUAGCUGGAAAGGGAGUGGGGAUAUGUGAAGACCUGAUCACUCUAAAGAUCACAUCCUCCACGGUGUGUGACCUCAGUCUGAUUGACUUACCAGGGAUCACCAGGGUGGCUGUGAAAGGACAACCUGAAGACAUUGGAGUCCAAAUCAAUAAUCUCAUUUCGAAAUUCAUAAAGAAUAAGAGAACCAUUAUUUUGGCGGUGGUACCAUGUAAUGUUGACAUAGCAACAACAGAGGCUCUGAAAAUGGCACAACAAGUGGAUCCUGAAGGCACAAGAACUCUGGCCAUUCUGACAAAGCCAGACCUGAUAGACCCGGGAGCAGAGAAGAAUGUGUUGGAAAUUGUCCACAAUAGAGUCAUCUUUCUCAGUAUGGGCUAUGUCAUUGUGAAAUGUCGUGGUCAAAAGCAAAUUGAUGAAAACAUGUCAAUAGCCCGUGCGAUUGAGGAGGAGUUGGAAUUCUUCCGAAAACAUGAGCACUUCAGAUCCCUCGUGCGUGAGGAGAAGGCAACCACCAAGUGCCUAGCCAAAAAGCUCAGCAAUGCACUGGUCAAACAGAUCAAGACUUAUCUGCCCCAGAUGUCAGAGAAGAUAAAGGAGCAGCUGGGGGAGGUAAAGCAUUCGUUGAGUAAAUUAGAGGGUGGGCCUCCCCUUGAACCUGAAGAGAAGAGGAAGUACCUCAUUCAGGUCAUAACAGAUUUCAAUGAGCAGAUUACCCAACUGUCCAAAGGGGAUAUUAUCGUUGAGGAGAAUCUAUUUGAGCUCAUGCGAAAGGAAUUUACACAGUGGAUGAAAUGUCUCAAACAUGCCAAAUCACAUUACCACGAAGUAGUGCAACAAGUGGUGGAUGAAUAUGAUCAGGAGCACAGGGGAAGUGAGCUGCCAGGAUUCAGUAACUACAGGGUAUUUCAACAUGUUGUUCAGAAACUAGUGGCUGAACUUAAGAGACCAGCUAUGACGACACUACAGACAAUCAGAGACAUGGUGCAAAAGCAAUUUGAUCAUUUGUCCAGAGAGAGCUUUAAAAAUUAUCCUUAUCUUCAUCUGGUCUCAAAGAAAAACAUUGAAACAAUCCAGGAAAAGCAGUCAAACAUAGUGAAGGAGAGGAUCGUGGAGCAGUUUGAGAUGGAGAUGCAGGUCUACACACAGGAUGAAAUCUUCAACAAACAGAGUCAAAAGGAGGGAACGGCAGAAGGCUCAGAUCACGACACCAGGAGCAAGUACCCUGGGCUGCUCAAGGCAUACUAUGAGAUUGUGGUGCAAAGACUGGCUGACCAGGUACCCAUGCUGAUCCGUUACUUCAUCCUGAAGCAGUCAGCCAAGAUUGUGUGCAGUGAAAUGCUGGAUCUGCUACACAGAGAUGACACUGAUAACAUCCUACAGGAGGAUUCAGAGAUCGGACAGUAUCGUGCAAAGUUGCAGGCCCAAGCGGAUCGCCUUCUACUGGCCAAUGACAAAAUCAGCAGCCUCUGAGAGAAACCAGAGGUCGGCCGGAAAUGUAAAAGGUUGUGGGACCAAGCGGAUCUUCUUUGACUGGCCAAUGAGAAGCGGAUCACCUUGGACUGGCCAAUGAGAAGCGGAUCACCUUGGACUGGCCAAUGAGAAGCGGAUCACCUUGGACUGGCCAAUGACAAGCGGAUCACGUUGGACUGGCCAAUGACAAGAUUAGUAGACUGUGGUUGACAAUUUGUCAAUGCAGAAAUUCUGAGAUGUAGCCAACAAAGCAAUAAUUAUACCUACAUUUUAUCAGCAUACAGGACAUUUUAUAUGUUGGGCAUCUCUACAUUUGAUCAAAAAUGUAUUUAAAAGAAAAUUAUGUGACAGUUGUAUCAUCACAUAUCUGCAUUGUGUUUUAUGUUUUCAUCUCAAAAUGUACUGAGGAAAUAUGUGAAGAUGGUUGAUAAUAUUAUUUAAAGUGACAAUCAAAAUGAAUGUUGUAUCCAUUUUCUGAUUGGUCAGAGCAGAUCAAUGUUGAGAAUAAUUGUAUAAUGGCAUUAUAAUAACUUGAUGCCUGUUUUAUUAAACGUGUUGAGGAUCAG